GCGAGGCGCGCCCCACCCCGGCGGAGGGGACGGUUUUCGGCUGGAGGUGGUGGAGAGACAGUUAGGACUCAACGCAACCCGGGGGUGUGGGGAGCUGGAUGAGAGCGGGAAAUCGGUAGAUCAGAGUCAAGGGGUGUGGGUGCGAGCGGCGAGAGGCGCCGAGGGGUCCGCGGGGUUCCCGGGUGUCUCCGCCGUGUCCUGUCCCGUGGCCGCCCGCGGUUCCCGGGCUCCGCCCAGCCGUGGAGCCCAGCCUCUCUCUGGCCCGGUCUCCUCCCAAAGGUGCGGGUGGCAGCGCCACUCCCUCCGCUCCCUCCCCAGCCGCGCGCGUCUCAUUCCAGCGCCCAUUCCGUGCAUUCCUGCCGGGCUCCUCUGCAAACUCCAGUCCCGGGGGUGGGGACCGGCCUCAGCUACGCGCUCGGGGCCCCGCAGCGGUCGCCGCGGCUGGAAGACUUGGCGCCCCGCGUGGACCUGCCGCAGCCGGCCGAGCUCUCCCACCCCGCCUCCCGAACCCUGGGACCGGUCCAACGGGCGCUCCUCCAAGCCGAGCCUUGGAGGGCAAGGCCGGCACCAUUACCUCCAACGAGUGGAGCUCUCCCGACUCCCCCGAGGGGAGCAGCAUCUCUGGGGGCAGCCAGGCACUGGACAAGCCCAUCGACAAUGAUGCAGAGGGUGUAUGGAGCCCCGAAAUUGAGCGAAGCUUCCAGGAGGCCCUGGCCAUCUACCCACCCUGCGGCCGCCGCAAAAUUAUCCUGACGGAGGAAGGCAAGAUGUAUGGUCGGAAUGAGCUGAUCGCACGCCAUAUCAAGCUCAGGACAGGGAAGACGCGCACAAGGAAGCAGGUCUCCAGCCACAUCCAGGUGCUUGCCCGUCGAAAAGCCCGGGAGAUCCAGGCCAAACUCAAGGACCAGGCAGCUAAGAACAAGGCCCUGCAGAGCAUGGCUGCCAUGUCGUCCGCACAGAUCGUCUCGGCCACAGCCUUCCACAGUAAAAUGGCUCUUGCCCGGGGCCCUGGCUACCCAGCAAUCUCAGGGUUUUGGCAAGGAGCUUUGCCAGGCCAACCUGGAACAUCCCACGAUGUGAAACCUUUCUCUCAAAACACCUACCCUGUCCAGCCUCCGCUGCCUCUGCCAGGCUUUGAGUCUCCUGCAGGGCCCACCCCCUCACCCUCCGCACCGCUCGCUCCUCCGUGGCAAGGCCGCAGCAUAGCUAGCUCCAAGCUCUGGAUGUUGGAGUUCUCGGCUUUCCUGGAGCGCCAGCAAGAUCCCGACACAUACAACAAACACCUGUUUGUGCACAUCAGCCAGUCAAGCCCAAGCUACAGUGACCCCUACCUCGAAACUGUGGACAUCCGCCAAAUCUAUGACAAGUUCCCAGAGAAGAAGGGAGGCCUCAAGGAGCUAUUUGAACGGGGGCCCUCUAAUGCCUUCUUCCUUGUGAAGUUCUGGGCAGACCUCAAUACCAACAUCGAUGACGAGGGCAGCGCCUUCUAUGGGGUCUCCAGCCAGUACGAGAGCCCGGAGAACAUGAUUAUCACCUGCUCUACGAAGGUCUGCUCAUUUGGCAAGCAAGUGGUGGAGAAAGUUGAGACGGAGUAUGCCCGCUAUGAGAAUGGCCACUAUUUGUACCGCAUCCACCGGUCCCCUCUCUGUGAGUACAUGAUCAACUUUAUCCACAAGCUGAAACACUUACCCGAGAAGUACAUGAUGAACAGUGUGCUGGAGAACUUCACCAUCCUGCAGGUGGUCACCAACCGAGACACACAGGAGACCUUGCUGUGUAUUGCAUAUGUCUUCGAAGUUUCAGCCAGCGAGCAUGGGGCUCAGCACCACAUCUACCGACUUGUGAAAGAAUGAGAGACUUGGAGAGCAAUGGUAGGGGGGACAAGUCCAGGACAUGGGGACCUGGGAGGGGACCUUCAGGGACAGUCCCCUGGAAGUGCCAAGAGAGCCAAGCAGAGUUGCCAGGUCUCUUCUUACCAGGAGCAAACUGCCUGAUCUUGCAGUGCUCAACCCCCAAUAAACCCAAGGUGUCAAGUAUUUUCAGAGGAGCUAGUUUGGCCUGUGUGAGCCCAGAAGGGCAGGGGAGAAGGGGGCAUCAGGAAGCAAGCUGGAAGCAAUGGCCCAAAGUACUCCAGGACAGCCAAGGAACCAGAACCCCGGUGGACUCAGCCAGGCAUAUCACCAAGACACCAAAGCUCAAGACCCUUCUCAGCUGCUGGAACCUCACACUCCUGCUGCUGGUCACCCUAGUGGCCUGAGGACAGAUUGCACGUAGGUCACACACCCAGAGAUGCUGUGGGUGACUUUAUGUACACUGUCUGUCUGUCCUGCCAUCGGUGCCUGAGAAUGGCUACUGCAGAAGGCUCCAUCCCUGCAAACAGGGCUGGGUUUAGGUGUGGCUGCAACAUAGUUGUUGGAGGGAGACUGGGUAAGAGCUACUCGGGUGGCUUUGUUCUUUCUGCAGUGGCCCUGCAGGGGGCAGGGUCUCCAAACUGAAGCAAGGCUUGGAGGUAGGGCGUCCUGCCUCAGGGCCAGCAUUUCCAGCUGCCUGGCCUCCACAGGCUCCUCGGCUUCUCUAUUAGUCUCUUUUCUUCUCUGCUCAGCACUGACGAGGGAGGGUGUCUGUAAAGUACCCGGGUCUUGCGGUGCCAGUUAAAUAAUCUAAUCCUCAGCCCCAUUGCUUCUCUCACUCUGGAGGGCCUGGAUCUGUCUCUCUGCUGCCCUCUCAAGGCUUUCUGGUGUCUGCUUUCCCCAGUUGGAGCCAGUUCUAAUAGUCUGGAGCCUCAGGAAGAAAGAUACAACCUGGGCAUGUUUGUGUGUAUCCAGGACUCAGGGAUGCAUCUGUGAGGAUGCAGAAAUGGGCAGGGCAGCAUUGUGGUGAUGCUACAGAGGUGAGGGACAAGGGCUCUGGAGUCAGUCUAGCCUGACUUUGGUGUGCAACCUUUAAAAAAAAAAUGUUGUGGUGCCUCAGUUUCCCCAUCUGUAAAAUGGGUAUAACAUUCACCUACCUCGUGUAUGGACAGUGCCUCACACAGUGCUGAGCACAUCCACAUGUUCAAUAAAUAUGCAUUGGUACU